UGGAGGUGGUACAGAGUUGAGUCAGAGGGGCACGGGUGAGGUUUCCUCUGAGCGCUGCUGUGUAAACGAUUCACUCCUUCCUGCGUCUGUUCCCUAACCUGUGUCGCUUUCUCUUAGCCAUGGGCCGGUGGUCAACCCUAGGAAGCCUUCUGUUUUUCCUCGGGCUAUCUGGGAUCUGUACAGGAUUCGAACAAGAGAACUGUACCAACUACAUGCUCCAGUUCAAGAGGGUUUACUCGGUUCCCGGGGAUGUGGCUAUGCUAACCAGCACCCUGGCAUCUUAUGACGUCUUCAACAUUUCAGCGGUGCCCUACAACAUCACCUGGUACGACUCAAAGACGCGCCAAGAAAUAAGUAACGAGACCGGACGAACCGUGGUGCGCGGAGAGACUCUGUGGUUUCUGAACACAAAGCUGGACGACGAUGGAGAAUACGUGAGCGUACUGAGAACUCCCUCUAGGUGCUACAGGCAGAACACCAGGCUGAUAGUGGAGCUGCCGGUUCCUGGAAAGUGUGGCAGGCCGAGGAAAGCUGGCCAAACGAUCACCAAGGGGGUCUCCGACUACCUGAGCUGCCCUCUGAAGGAAUACAUCAGUAAACUGAACAGCUACAACACCACCUUCUACUUGAUGUGGUACAAAGGCUGUUCCCUCAUUGUGGAUGGGAAUGACAGCUAUAGCUACGAGGAUAACGCCAAACUGAAGAUUGAUAAGGUGGAAACUAAAAACCAAAAAAACUACACUUGCACUCUGACCUUCACUCUCGAUGGCACCGUCGGAUCUGUUUCAGAGUCGAUUGAGGCGUCAGUCAAUGCAAAUUACUUUUUGACACCACAAGUGCGCCAACCAGCCGGUGAGAUAAUCAAGGCACCGAUAGGGUCAAAUUUCAGCCAACUGUGCCAGGUGUUUGUGCCUUGUGUCGGGAAGCAUUCAGUUCAUGUUUAUUGGUCCGUCCCAAGCAAUUUCAUUACGGAAACAAACCCCUCCGAACGUGUCUACACAUCAAAAAAACUGACUAGGAGCCAGACUGUUCCUGAUGAGGGUGUGUGGAUGGAGCAUGUGCUGACGAUUUCUAAGCUACAGGAGAAGGAUUACAACAUCAACUACACUUGUCGUGCGUCCAGUGCCAGAGGAAACUCUCAGAGCUACUUUACUCUGCUGCCAACAGGUCAAAACCCAGCGCAUCCAGACAUGAGACUUCCCAUUGGAAUGAUUCUUGGAAAUGUGGCGGUUCUCUUUAUCGUCUCCGUCAUCAUCUACUACCUUUUUAAAGUCGACAUUGUGCUCUGCUUUCGGAGGAUGUUUCCAGUCUUCUAUACAAAUACAGAUUCGGAUGGGAAGCUGUAUGACGCAUAUGUGGCGUACUCUCAGCCCAACACAGAGGGAUUCAGCAAUGAAGUGGAGGCGUUUGUCCUUCACACACUACCCGAAGUGUUAGAAAAGGCCUGCGGCUACAAACUCUUCAUAGCAGGCCGUGACUGCAUGCCCGGGAUGGCCAUAGUGGACUCGGUGGAAGAGAACAUUCAAGCCAGCCGCCGCCUCCUCCUGCUCUACACCGCCUCCACUUUCAUGAGAAAAAGACUCACAAGCAGUAUCAGUAGCAAAAACAACAUCACAAAGAGCAGUGAUAGCAGGGAUAGCACCGAAAACAGCGAAAGCAAGAAGGAAAAUGACCGCAGCAGCAACAUGAGUUUCGAUGGCGGUGAAGAAAACUAUCCAGACUCAAGACAGCAGCUGGAGCGUCUGGCAGCGAUGCACAGGUCUCUGCUGGAGGGAUCUCUCAAGGUGAUUCUGGUGGAGCUGGAAGAGAUCACCCCUGCUCAGCUGGCUCUCUUCCCAGAGUCGGUGCGUCACCUGAGGAAGAAGCAAGGCGCCGUGUGUUGGUGGAAGAACCAGAGCAGGUCGCGAAGAUGGAGGACAUGUAUGAGGACGAAAGAGGACGAGGAGAAAGGUGGACAGCUAUCGCAAUCCCUCUCCCCUUCCUCCAGGUUUUGGAAGGAUAUGAGGUACCAUAUGCCGGUAAAGGGCAAGAGGGCGAUGUGCCCCGAGAAAGCGACCCUGCUGAACAUGUAAUGAAGUCAUGAGAGUAUCUCGAUUCCAAUGUAAAUGUGUAUUGAUCCUCUCACAGAGAGACAAUUAAGAAAUGCUGUGUUGUCACAACAAGCUGAGGAUACAUGUUGAGAACCAAAAGGUAUUCUUUAGCAGUGCUCGACUCCAACUUUUGGUACCCAGUAUUUUUCUGCUACAGAUAAAAUAUUCUUAGUAAUUAGCUGUUGAAGCUUGACACUGGGACAUUCACUGAACGCUUUAA